AUGUCUCCCUUGGCACCCCUCCAGGGACAUGCAGUACCCGAGUCCGUGGGCACCAUGCGUGACCAUUUCUCCAAAGAGCUUCUGCGAGCUGUAGGGGCCACAUCACUGCCGCCGAAGGCUCAAAUCGAUGCCUAUGCAGACUCCUACUUCCAACACCUCUACCACCGAGCUCCUAUCAUCGAUCGAGCAGAUAUAUCGACAGGCCAACCGUCAAUCAUCAUAUCCCAGACAAUGUGUGUCAUAGGCUCACUCCUUCGAUAUCCUGGUAUCCACUCGCCCCUCGAAGAGAGCGAGGCGUACUACUGCAGAGUGAAAGCCCUGUUGUACAUCAACCACGAACCAGACCAGCGAAAGGUCCUAAAGGCACUGUGCAUUCUUGCGUUCAGAAAUAUCACUCCUCCGAAAGUGGUUAGCCUGGACUGUUCAUGGCAAUGGAUCGGAAUGGCAACUCGUCUCGCUCAUCAAAUGGGAUUCCAUCGUGAGGAGACAUACUCUCAGCUUCCGAAUCCGGGGAACGCACGUCGGAUAAUGUGGUUCCUCUUUACCGAAGACAAGCUCCAAACUGCCUGUUUCGGCCGGCCCUCGCUAUUUGGAGACUCCGAGUUUAACAUUCGACCAUUGGAGCUUGAGGAUUUUGAAUUCCAGGAUAUUCAAGCCGAGCUUUAUAUCGAGUAUACAAAACUCAACGUGAUCCUCGGCAGGAUCGCUGACCGGCAUAGCCGGAAAGGAGAAAUUUCACAUGAAGAGGCAACAUCAAUCCUCCAAUCACUACAACACUGGGUCCAUAACCUCCCCACCCAACUCCAAUUAUACGCCGGCGCCAAUCGCCGCUCCUUUCGCCGCGACAUCUACGAAGUCCAUAUAAACUAUUUCGUCUGUCUAAUAGUCUUCUUCCGCCUAUUCGGCCACUGUCUCCCACCCCCAACCGCUUCAACCGCCUCAACCGCCUCCCUGGUCGCGUCGUCCUGCAUAGCCCGCCUCUACGAAGAGAUCAUGUACCGUGAUGAGAUUAAUUACCUGAUGCCGAUCAAUAAUUGGUUCCUCAUGGUCGGAUUUGCACCUCAGAUUCAGCAUAACUCGACUUGUCAUGGGAAAGAUCGUCUUUGUGGGGAGGAGUUGCCUAUUCUUACCGACGUGUUGCGGCACAUGCGGUUGAAGUGGCCGCCGGCCGGGGUUUUAUUGGAUAUUAUUGAGCGGUUGUGUAAUGUUGAAGUUGGUGGUGGGAUGUCAGACAGUGUGGAUGUGCAAGAUGUGCAAGAUGUACAGGCUACGGAAGAGGCUUGGUCAAAUCAUUUGUCUCAUGAUCUUUUGAAUGAUUUGUUUCCUUUCCCUAACGAGCUUAGUCCCAGAAUGGGACUUAUCAAGGGAGGCGGUGAUGAGCAGAGUGACCAAGUGCUGCUGGACAGGAUGGUGGAAUUUGGUGAUGAUGAUUUGGAUUGGAUUUUCAAUGAGUACCAACUUGCAUUUCUAGGUGACCCGCCUGUCUGA